AUGGCGAGCUCCUCGGCAUCGUCGGAGGUGUCCGUGCCAGUGUCAACAGGAUGGAUGAAUUGGAAAGAUGUAUUUCUGCAAUGUGUACAGCCAAUGAUCGCCGUUGUUCUUCUACUCAGGUUCUCGAGUAUUGUGGAUGAAGCUGGAUUUACCACCACGAUCCUCCUGGUGUUUUUCACAUUCCUAGUGAGUCUGGUGACUGGAUGGUCAGCGUGUACAGUAGUCAGCCGAAAAAGUUCAGAAGUUGGGUUUGUGAAAACGAUGUUGGCUUAUUCAAGUACAGAGUUUGCGCUCUCAUUCUCAAUAGUCUAUAUGAUUUGUCUUUUGGUAGCGACCAGUACAUUUCUGACAUCUGCCGCUGAAGCUGUAUUGCAUAUUUUUUCGACAUUCUCUCUGGAAUUAUUGGAUGGAGCAACUCAUGAUUUGAGAUUGGUAUCAUCUGUUCUUUCCCUGGUAACUCUUGGGCUGUGUCUAGUCCGUUCCCGAAACGCCCGUUACGCUCGAUCCUUCAUCUUCGCCCUUACCUGCAUUGCAAUUGCCCUCCACCUCUCCUCUGUUAUGUUCCGUUAUGGUGAAUAUCAAUUACGAAGAGUUUCCGAUCGAAAUGCAAUGAUUCCAUCACCACCCAACGACGAGAUUACCACAAUUUUCUCUCAACUGUUUCCAGCUGCAAUGUGUGGAUUAACAAUUCUGAAUAUUGGCUCGAAACUUCAGAAUACUGCUCCACGCGGUGCUUUGAUAGCGAUAGCAGUCAGUGCUUGUUUCUAUGGAGCUGCUGCAAUGCUAGACUAUGUGGAGUUUUUCGCGAGGACAACCAAUGCUACCAAUAUGCAUGGUACAAAUGAGUAUAAUGAGGUGAGCUAUGACAGACUAGCUUUAGAAGCUUCUCCAAAACCCCAAGAACGAAUGUACCAUUCUAAAUUUGAAAUUCGUUUAGUUCCUCUCCUACAUGUACACUACCGUUCCUGUGGCCAUUGUCGUCUCCUUGGCUUGUGUUCUAUCUGCAGUCACGACUCUCAAUACACCGCAGUCAUCCUCCAAUCACUAGGACGAUCCAGCCAAUGCAGAUGUAUUUUGUGGUUGUCCAAGGGGUACAGUAAACGAGAUAUUCCUAUCAGAUGUAUCUUUAUUCUAUCCACCAUUCAAAUUCUGAUUUCAGCUAUUGGAUCCUACGACAUUCUAUGUAUCCCUAUCACUGUAUUCUACUUGUUUGCGUAUGCUCUUUUCAAUUUCUAUGUGUUUCUAGUGAAGCUAUCCGAUCCUGACAUUCCAUCUCCACCAACCUUGUUAUCUCUCGCAAUUUCUGGAGCCUGCUUCUUGGCUUCACUCUACACAAAUCGACACCUAGCACUACUCAUUGCUUCUAUUUUUGGAAUCUCCUACUGUUUCUUGCUCUAUGUUAUUCGUCAAGAAACCAACGAGGACGGUGAGGAGUGUGCCAAAUCGAUGUAUCCUACAGUCCUAGAACAAAUGCAUGAGCUUCAACAGGAGCCAGACUCUCGCAGACAUUACCAUCCGCAGAUCUUAUUGCUUUCUGGAAGUCCAGCUGCCAGACCGGGCCUUGUUGAUUUUGCACAUUCCAUUACUCGUGGGAAGUCUCUUCUCAUUUGUGGCUAUAUCAUACCGCAAAAUCCAUGCGGCCGAAGCUACCUACUUCAAUUGAAAAUCGAUAAACAAAUCAAUGAUUGGUUGAGAGUGAGAGAAGUCAACGCAUUUGGAGCAGCCAUUUGUUGUACCAGACAAGCACAGGGUGCGAAUAUUUUGUUGCAGACAGCUGGCCUCGGCCGUCUCCGUCCAAACAUUCUUAUGGUCGGAUUCAAAACGGGAUGGGAAAAACAAAGCAAAGAAGUGAUAUCAGAAUAUUAUGGAAUGUUAUCAAAUGCGUUUGAUAAACAAGUCGGUCUAAUUGUAUUCCGAAACGAUAUUAGUGGAUUUGAUGUGACUUCUUCGAUUCGUAAAAAUGGAGCACCAAUUAAUGAUGAUGAAGAAUUGGCAGAUUAUGUAGACAGUGCUACUCCAAAAAUUGCUGAUCAACAUAUCAAUCAGAAAAAAGAUGUGCCUCGUGGAAAACUUCUCAACACAUUCCGAAAGAUGUCAAUGGCUGUGAACAAGGAUCUAGAAUCAGGCGGUCGUCGUUCGACAAGCAGUGGGACUAGAUUCCAAGUUAUCGACAAACACAGUAUUUCGGAGCCAGACCAGAAGAUUAUAAUGCAACAAAUGUUCAGAUUUAGAAAAAGGAUUCAUCAUGGAAGAAUCGAUGUUUUCUGGCUCCGUGAAGCUGGAGGUCUUACAAUGCUGGUACCGUACCUUUUGACACAUGCUGGAAGUUUCCUUGAAGGAGCACACAUCAGAGUGUUCACCAAAACAGAUGGAAAGGAUAAUAAGAAAAUAAAUGAAGAGCAAAAGAGUAUGGCAGCGAUUCUGAGAAAGUUCUACAUCGAUUCGUCGGAUCUUCAUAUUUUGCCAGAAUUCGCAAAGCCACCAUGCAAGAAAACCUACGACGACUUCCGUGAGAAAAUCGAACCUUAUCGUGCCGAGACAAACGCAAAGGAAAAAAUCGAGGGAACCUUUGAUAAUGAUCAAUUAUUCAAUUUACGGGAGAAAACGAGGAGCUUUUUGAGAGCGUCGGAAUUGAUUCGAGAGCACAGUUCAGACGCGGACCUGAUAAUCUGUACCCUUCCAUCUGCACGUGCUGAUAUUCCUCCUCCAAUCUAUAUGGGAUGGAUCGAUAUGCUGUCGAAACAAGUCCCGCCCACUUGUCUCGUACGUGGAAAUCAAGUCUCCAUGAGCGCGCUGAACUUGAAAUUUCCCUAA